AUGUAUGACAAGCUGCGACCUUCUCUUUUUGGCUCAUCGCCAACUCUGAGAAAGAUCUUUCUUGCUCGAAUCCUCAGCUCCGUCUUCUUCUCUCCAUCCCAUGCCUCGACCCGUGGACAAGUUUUCGCUUCUUCUCCUACUCUUUCCUCUCAUCUGCUGUCAUUCGUCCCAACUCGUCAAUCCCUCCAAAGCUAAGCAGAUCUCGUCAACGCCCAGAGCAUUCGUCUACCAAGGCUUUUUGACGGAUAAAGAAUGCGAUCAUCUGAUAUCCAUUGCGAAAUCAGAGCUGAAGAGGUCGGCGGUGGCAGAUAACGUGUCAGGAAAGAGCACGCUUAGUGAUGUCCGAACUAGCUCUGGGACGUUCAUCAGCAAGGGCAUGGACGAUAUAGUUUUGGGUAUUGAGGAAAAAAUUGCAGCAUGGACCUUUCUUCCAAAAGAAAAUGGUGAGGACAUUCAAGUCCUGAGGUAUGAGCAUGGACAGAAAUAUGACCCUCAUUAUGAUUUCUUCACGGACCCAGUUAACAUUGCUCGUGGCGGUCAUCGAAUUGCCACAGUUCUAAUGUAUCUUAGUAAUGUUGAGAAGGGUGGAGAAACCGUCUUUCCACUGGCAAAGGAAUCUCAGCGCCAUUCCUAUGCCAAUGAUGAUGUGUCAGAAUGUGCCCAACGAGGAAUUGCAGUAAAACCACGGAGAGGGGAUGCUCUUCUCUUCUUCAAUCUUUAUCCCAAUGCCUCUCCAGACCAUAAUAGUCUCCACGGCGGCUGUCCCGUGAUCGAAGGAGAGAAAUGGUCAGCAACAAAGUGGAUUCAUGUAACUUCUUUUGACAAAAUAUUGCCAAGCCAUGCAAAUUGCACAGAUAGCAAUCCAAGCUGUGAGAGGUGGGCUUCGUUGGGAGAGUGCACUAAGAACCCUGAGUAUAUGGUAGGAACUUCUAAUUUGCCUGGUUACUGCCGCAGAAGCUGCAAUGUUUGUUAACUUGACAUAUGCUAAAUUUAUUUUAAAUGGCCAUCUGGGUCCUGAUCGAGGAACCUAACUACGUUCGUUGAUUUUAGUAGUAAACUGUUCUCUUCUAUUCACAUAUCUUUAUUUUUGAAACUGUAUUUAAUUGGGGUGGACAAAGCCUUACAAGCAACGAUAAAUAAUAAUUUUGCUUUGCCUCUUUUA